CUUGUCAGGCCAGAGAUAUGGCUUCGUUGGCCCUGAGAACUCUGGCUAUUCUGAAGAGGGAGUACAAGUAUUUCUGAGGUCAUUGUGACUCUUGAGUCAUCGUUUCUGGCAUGGCACGUAUGAGUAGCUGGGCUCUCCCCAUGCUGCACAUAGGCCAACUCCUAUUAAAGGGUCCUGAGCUCCAUCUCCGUAGCUGCCAGACAGUUGAGAUGGGGAGGCUGCUGCUGUUGGCUGGGCUGGUUCUUCUGAUGAAACACAGUGAUGGUACUGCCUACAAGCUGGUGUGUUAUUUCACCAACUGGGCUCACAGUCGGCCAGGCCCUGCCUCCAUCUUGCCCCGUGACCUGGACCCCUUUCUUUGUACACACCUGAUAUUUGCCUUUGCCUCAAUGAGCAACAAUCAGAUUGUUGCCAAAAAUCUCCAGGAUGAGAACGUUCUCUACCCAGAGUUCAACAAACUCAAGGAGAGGAACAGGGCCCUGAAAACACUGCUGUCCAUCGGAGGCUGGAACUUCGGCACAUCACGGUUCACCUCUAUGCUAUCCACAAUUGCCAGCCGUGAGGAGUUUAUUGAUUCAGUGAUAUCCUUCCUGAGAACACAUGGCUUUGAUGGGCUUGAUCUCUUCUUCUUGUACCCUGGACUACGAGGCAGUCCCGCAAAUGACCGGUGGAAUUUUCUCUUCUUAGUUGAAGAGCUCCAGUUUGCCUUUGAGAAGGAGGCACUGCUUACCCAGCGCCCAAGGCUGCUGCUGUCGGCUGCUGUCUCUGGUAUUCCAUACAUCAUUCAGACGUCUUAUGAUGUGCGCUUUUUAGGAAGACGUCUGGAUUUCAUUAGUGUCUUGUCUUAUGACUUACACGGAAGUUGGGAAAAGUUUACAGGACACAACAGUCCUCUGUUCUCUCUUCCUGAAGACUCCAAAUCUUCGGCAUAUGCUAUGAAUUACUGGAGAAAUCUUGGGGCACCCGCAGAGAAACUACUCAUGGGCUUCCCCACCUAUGGACGUACCUUUCACCUCCUCAGCGCAUCUAAGAAUGGACUGCAGGCUGCCUCCACGGGACCAGCAUCUCCUGGGAAGUACACCAAGCAGGCUGGCUUCCUGGCUUACUAUGAGGUCUGUUCCUUCAUCCAGAGCGCAGAAAAGCACUGGAUUGAUUAUCAAUAUGUCCCCUAUGCCUACCAGGGGCAGGAGUGGGUUGGCUACGAUGACGCCAUCAGCUUCAGUUACAAGGCAAUGUUCGUGAAAAAGGAACAUUUUGGGGGUGCCAUGGUGUGGACACUGGAUAUGGAUGACGUCAGUGGCACUUUCUGUGGCAAUGGCCCUUUCCCCCUUGUCCAUAUAUUGAAUGAGCUCUUGGUACAGACAGAGUUCAACUCAACCCCUUUGCCACGAUUUUGGUUUACAUUGCCUGUGAAUACCUCAGGACCUGGCUCUGAGAGUCUGCCUGUGACAGAGGAGUUGACCACUGAUGCUGUAAAGAUUCUGCCGCCAGGAGGAGAGGCUAUGGCUGCUGAGGGUCCCGGAAAGUAUGAAAAUGUGACUACAAUCCCUAAUGGUGGAUUCGUGACCCCUGGGAGAACAAUGUCUCCUGCAACACAUACUGUAGGAAGUAACACCAUGGCUCCUUGGGCAAAUGCUACAACCUCACUGGGCCUUCUGUCUGAGACCACCACUGAGAUGACAGUGAUAGUCCAGACACAGAUACCAGGGGGAGAGACCACGGUCACAGUGGACAAUCAGUCUGUGACCCCUGGGGGAGAGACCACGGCCACAGUGGGCAAUCAGUCUGUGACCCCUAGGGGAGAGACCACGGUCACAGUGUGCAAUCAGUCUGUGACCCCUAGGGGAGAGACCACUGUCACAGUGGGCAAUCAGUCUGUGACCCCUAAGGGAGAGACCAUGGUCACAGUGGGCAGUCAGUCUGUGACCCUUGGGGGAGAGACUACGGUCACAGUGGGCAAUCAGUCUGUGACCCCUGGGGGAGAGACCAUGGCUACAGUGGGCAAUCAGUCUGUGACCCCUAGGGGAGAGACCACGGCCACAGUGGGCAAUCAGUCUGUGACCCCUGGGGGAGAGACCACGGCCACAGUGCACAAUCAGUCUGUGACCCUUGGGGGAGAGACCACAGCCACAGUGGGCAAUCAGUCUGUGACCCCUGGGGGAGAGACCAUGGCCACAGUGGGUAAUCAUUCUGUGACCCUUGGGGGAGAGACCACGGCCACAGUGGGCAAUCAGUCUGUGACCUCUGCGGAGAUGGUUACAACUCUUGCCUAUCUUCAGACUAUGACUCCCAUAGAGGAGGAAACUUCUAGGAAGAAAGGGUCACCUUGAAAGGGUCACUGUUCCCCCUAGAGAGAUGUCAGUUACCCCCAAUGGGCAGAAUACAUCUCUAGAGUGGGGGAAUUUGAUUACUGAGGUGGAAACGUACUCCCAGCAUGGGUGAACUGGUCCUUGCAUAGAAGUGGAGAACAGGAUGCUGCCCUCCGGCUCCAUCGUCCUGUCCCCUGGAUAUGCUCAUUUCUCUUUUGAAAAUGGAUUCACUCUUUACUGAUGGAAACUCUCCUUUGUCAACUCAACAACUCUUCUAACGAAUCUCUCUCUUAAGAAAAAGAAAAUUCAGGACACAUUGUUAUGGAUCAAUGAACUCUCUUGGUGGCAAAUCCUAGGGGAAAACCCUUGCUUUUUCUUCUAUAUGAUAUGACAGAAGCCACUUCA